AUGGCGGCGAGUCAGGGAGGUGGUGGUAACAGUGGGGGCGGCGGUUGUGGUGGAGGUGGAAGUAGCGGUGGCGGUGGCGCGGCCGGAGGGGGAGGUGGUGGAGCCGGAGUGGGAGGCGGCGGCGGCGGCGGCGGCGGGACCCUGGUGGUGCCCAUCCCGGUACCGACUCUUUUCGGUCAGCCGUUCCCCAACGGGCCGCAGUGGAACCCGGGGAGCCUACAGCCUCAACACACCGUGAGGAGCCUGGACCGGGCCCUGGAGGAGGCGGGCAACUCCGGCAUCCUGAGCCUCAGUGGUAGGAAACUCCGAGACUUCCCGGGCAGCGGCUACGACCUGACGGACACCACCCAAGCAGAUCUUUCAAGGAAUCGUUUUACAGAAAUUCCUUCUGAUGUCUGGUUAUUUGCACCUCUUGAAACGUUAAAUUUAUAUCAUAAUUGCAUCAAAACCAUUCCUGAAGCCAUUAAAAACCUACAGAUGUUAACAUACCUUAACAUUAGUCGAAAUCUUUUAUCAACAUUGCCAAAAUACCUAUUUGAUCUUCCCCUUAAAGUUUUGGUCCUCAGUAAUAAUAAACUGGUAUCCAUUCCAGAAGAAAUCGGGAAGUUAAAAGAUUUAAUGGAAUUGGAUAUUAGCUGCAAUGAGAUUCAGGUUCUUCCCCAACAAAUGGGAAAAUUACAAUCACUUAGAGAGCUAAAUAUAAGAAGAAAUAAUCUUCAUGUAUUGCCAGAUGAAUUAGGAGAUCUUCCCUUAGUCAAGCUGGAUUUCUCUUGUAAUAAAGUGACUGAAAUUCCAGUUUGUUACAGGAAGCUGCAUCAUUUACAAGUAAUAAUUUUGGAUAACAAUCCAUUGCAGGUACCACCAGCGCAGAUAUGUUUAAAAGGUAAAGUACACAUAUUUAAAUACUUAAAUAUCCAAGCAUGUUGCAGAAUGGAUAAGAAACCAGAUUCUCUGGAUCUUCCAUCAUUGAGUAAAAGAAUGCCCUCCCAACCUCUCACAGACAGUAUGGAAGAUUUUUAUCCAAAUAAAAAUCAUGGCCCUGACUCUGGAAUUGGAAGUGAUAAUGGAGAGAAACGAUUGUCUACAACGGAACCAUCAGAUGAUGACACAAUCAGCCUUCAUUCUCAAGUCUCAGAAUCAAAUAGAGAGCAGACAUCAAGAAAUGACAGUCACUCAGUAGGAAGUAAACCUGAUUCUCAGAAAGACCAGGAGGUGUAUGAUUUUACUGACCCCAACACAGAUGAUGUAGCAGUUCCUGAACAAGGAGAUGCACCUAUUGGAUCAUUUGUUGCUUUCCUUAAGGGAAAAGAAAAAGCCCCUGAAAAAUCUCAGAAAAAUGAAGAAUUGGGAGAUGAAAAAAGACUUGGGAAAGAGCAAUUACUUGCCGAGGAAGAAGAUGAUGGUUUGAAAGAAGUAACUGAUUUGAGGAAAAUAGCUGCUCAGUUAUUGCAGCAAGAGCAGAAGAACAGGAUUCUUAAUCAUUCAACUUCUGUCACAAGAAACAAGCCAAAACAAACUGUGGAAUGCGAAAAGAGUGUCUCAGCAGAUGAAGUUAAUUCACCAUUAUCACCCCUCACAUGGCAGCCCUUAGAAAAUCAAAAGGAUCAAAUAGAUGAACAACAGUGGCCAGAAUCUCAGCCUAUAAUCUGGCAGAGUGAAGAAAGGAGGCGGAGCAAACAGAUUAGAAAAGAAUAUUUCAAGUAUAAAUCAUCAAGGAAGAGUUCAAGUGGCAAUGAAAACGAUGAGCAAGACAGUGAUAAUGCUAAUAUGUCACCACAAUCUCCAGUAUCAUCUGAGGAGUAUGAUAGAACUGAUGCUUUUUCACAUGGUCCCUUUGGCUUGAAGCCUAGAUCAGCUUUUAGCCGCUCAUCUCGUCAGGAAUAUGGGGCAGCAGAUCCAGGUUUUACAAUGAGAAGAAAGAUGGAACAUCUACGGGAAGAACGAGAGCAAAUACGACAGCUUCGCAAUAAUCUCGAAUCCAGGUUAAAAGUAAUUUUGCCUGAUGACAUUGGAGCUGCACUGAUGGAUGGGGUUGUUCUUUGCCAUUUAGCCAAUCACAUAAGGCCACGCUCUGUAGCUAGUAUUCAUGUGCCAUCACCAGCAGUGCCUAAACUUAGCAUGGCAAAAUGUCGAAGAAAUGUAGAAAAUUUUCUUGAUGCUUGUAAAAAGUUGGGUGUCUCACAGGAAAGACUCUGUUUGCCUCAUCAUAUUUUGGAAGAAAGAGGUCUUGUGAAAGUUGGUGUCACAGUUCAGGCUCUUCUUGAAUUACCUACAACCAAGGCAUCUCAGCUUUCUACGGCUUGAUAUAACAUUUAAAAAUCAUAAGUGUCUAGUUUCAUUUAUUUGAAGUGAUUUCAAAUAUCUCAAAUUUAUGAA